AUGAGAGAAAUGUUCAAAUUUUUUAUUAUAACCUGUCUAAUAACCAAAACCCAUUCCUGGACUUGGGAUGAUUAUCCAUCCCCUAGAGGAACAACCUAUUGGAAAUGUGGUGUUUCUAAACAAACCUAUCUUUGUGAUCCCGAUGAAAUGUUAAGUGAACAACAAAGAAAGGAAAUUGUAGAAUUGAUUGAGGAUUUUAAGGAAAAAACUAAAAGACCAAAUUCCAUUUAUUCAUGUUUGAGAGAAGGACUUAGACUUGUUGUAGCUUUAGCGAGGGAUAAAGUUGGUCCUGAAGAUGGUUCAGAUAAAACAACAUAUUUGUGCGAGAAUGAUAGAAAUUGGACGGCAUAUGAUUAUAUAGAAUGCAUGUUAGUACAUGGAAUUGAAUUAAAUAGAGAUGGUUUUCGUUAUUGCAAUUUGACGCGUCAUUUAUUGCACCUUCGUAAAGAAGAUUUUGAGAAGCUCGAACAAGCAUGGAAAAACCAUCUCUACCAAAAUCAUUAUUAUGAUGCGUUAAGGCAUUAUAUUAGAAGUUUACGCAUGCUUUACAUAGACCGUUUCUCUAUUUUCGAUAACCAAGAUGCUUCUAAUGAGGAUAAUAUAACACUAUCAGAAGUGCAUCAUUCAUUGCAAACUACUAAUAAAACACUAUCAGAAAUGCGGCAAUCUCUUGAUCAACAGAACAAAAAAUCAACGGAAUUUAGCACAUCUAUAGAGGAUCUUAACAAGAAAUUUCUAGAAAUGAGACAAGUACAAGACCAAAUUCUUAUUGGAAAAAAUAUAACUACACUCACAAGAUUUCCUUCAUCUAAGCAAUUCUCCAAUAAUUUGUGGGUUUUAUUUUGUAUUAAUACUAGAGGGGUUGUCGGUUCUAGAAAUUCUUAG